GCCUCGUGCUCUCUCCAGUCACCUCCCAUGGCCAUGGCGGCACACAUCCGGACUCUGAUUCCGCCCCUGCUUCCUCGUCCGCUCCGCAGCCUUCCGGCUGGGCCUUCUCGCACCCAGUUCGGGCGACUCAAGCUCACCUGUCCGGCCUCAGGAGGCAGCGGGCCGCCGGCGGAGAAGCCGCCCCAGGGAUCCUCCCUGCCGGCGCUGUCGGAGAUUCGUUGGGGGGAGCUGCUAGCGCCGUCCCCGGACAACGCCGCGGCCGUUGCCCUCACGGCCGCGCUGGUCUGGGCCGGCGCGUCGCUGCUGCUGCAGCUGGUGCUCAUCUCUGCCUCCAUCUUCGCCGCCGCCCUCAAGUACUCCUUCGUCGCCGCGCUCCUCCUCUUCGUCCUCAUCGCGCUCCUAUGACCUUCAGCCUGGACUAGCCUUGAAGUUAUAGUGGUGCUGCUAAAAGAUAUUAACUGCGUACUCCUCUCAGAUCAAACUACUGAUGCAAUGAAGCGAUCUGCUUUUAUAUAGCACUCCAACUUCAGAGGAAUAUGAGUCUAGCUUGGCAUUCCUCCAGGGUACUUAAAAGCACUUUGCAAGUCAUUGUACAUCUUUCAUUUUGCUCUUGUAGAUUCUCAUAAAUAUUGUAAUAUGGUACAGUAUUAUACUUAUUGCUUCUUUGCUUUGUGAGUAA